CCGAUCGAGCGGUUCGCGGUCGCGUCGCGUCAUGUCCUACCGUGUUGACGUCGCGGCGCGGCGCGCCGCGCCGCGACGCCUCGUCCCUCGUCGCACGGGCACGACGAGUUCUCUCCGUCGUGUCGCGCCUCCUCGCGCCGCGUGUCCAGGGGCACAGCCGUGCGCGAGGACGACGAGACUCGAUGUUUACGACGCGUCCAGGGAACGAUGCGGCGAGUCGAUCGCGUCACCGGCGACGACGGACUGUCAACCGUCGCCGAGCCGGUCGGCCGCGCCGUCGCCCGUUGUCGCGAGGAAUGAAGGAGCCGUUCGUUCGAUCGCGGUUUGCCCGCUGGGUCGUAAGCGUAGGGAUUAUGUCGGCACGAACUACAGCUUCGAAUUGCAUUGCGAAUCAGGAGGAGGAGGAGGAGGAGGAUGAGGAGAUGAUCCUGCAAGAGUCUGACGAGAACAAUCCUAUGGACAUUCUGGGUUGUCUGUCGGUUAUGAUCAAUGACGGCACUGGGAAGGAUUCGACCCAAGUGCAGGAGCUUAUAUUGGACGACCAACUGCUUGGCACGAUGGUGACUACGAUUACGUUGCCCGAUGGGACUCAAGCUUUCGUUACGAAUAAUCUAAGCGACAUUGAUCCCGACUUCAAGGCGCAAACAUUGCAAACAUCGCUCGAAAACGGAGACACCAUUUUGCUGCGAGACUUGUCGGAAUUUGGCGAUGGCAAGGCUCUUCAACUGGAAUUGGAUCCAGCUACAUUCGUGCAAACCGAAGACGUUGCUACCGAAAAUGUAGAGAAUACAUAUUCGCAGGUGGAAUUCAUCAACGGCACUGCGUACAUGGUCGCAGGCCAUGUGGACGUAGACGAAAGCUUAUGGGAAAUUGAGGACGGGAAGUUAAAGAAAAAAGAUUCCAAGAUUUUAGUCAACAAGCUGUCCGACGCAAAAAUUAGGUAUCCUUGUCCCAGGGAAGGAUGUUCCAAGGUUUACAGUACGCCUCAUCAUCUUAAGGUUCACGAGCGGUCGCACACCGGUCAGAGACCGUACAGAUGUUCCCAUCCGAAGUGUAAAAAGAGCUUUUCAACCGGUUACAGCCUGAAAGCUCACUCGCGGACACACACGGGUGAGAAACCGUACAAGUGCACGAACGGGACGUGUAACAAGAGUUUCAAGACGUCGGGCGAUCUGUUGAAACACGUGAGGACUCACACGGGAGAACGUCCCUUCGUGUGCCCGUACAACGGUUGCGGCCGAUCGUUCACCACGAGUAACAUUAGGAAGGUUCACGUAAGGACGCACACUGGCGAGCGACCGUACAAAUGCGCGCAACCGGCGUGUGGCAAAGCUUUCGCCAGCGCGACAAACUACAAGAAUCACAUACGGAUACACUCGGGCGAAAAGCCCUACGUUUGUUCCAUAGAAAACUGUGGUAGAAGGUUUACCGAAUAUUCUAGUCUAUAUAAACAUCAUCUUGUACAUACGCCUCAACGACCAUUCGAAUGCACCCUGUGCUCCAGAAAAUAUCGUCAGAGUAGCACGUUGGUGAUGCACAAGAGAACGGCUCAUGCGUUGAUCGACAAUGACGACGGUGUCGAUGUAUUUUUGCCAGAUUCUCUUGAAUCAUCUAGUCUUAAUAAAAACAAAAAUAAGGCCGUGAAAGAAACCGUGAGUGUAAUGCAGCGUAAGCUACCAGCGAGAGAAAGACAGAUCCAGGUUUCUAAACUGAUCAACGAGGCGAACGAGAAAGAGCCACAAAUUUUGUUGGUAGGCGAUGCUUCACAAAUUGCCGCAUUACAGAAGCUCGAUCUGGGAGAGGGUUUCGAUGAUCCUAGCAUCGAUGUGACGUUCGAAGGAUUAAAUAUCAAAAUGGAGGAUAUAGGAUUUGAAUGGAACUAAUGCGGAGGGAAAGGAAACGCGUGACGUAUGCGACUUUGUAUGUGUGAGAAAAGUCUUGAAUGUUAGUAGUCUCGUUAACAUAUACCAUUCAUGGAUGACGUGCUUUGAAUACCGAGCAAAAUCAAAUAAGCAAAUGCACAUUUUAAAAGGUAGGUUUAAACGACGUUUGACUGCGUCAGCAGUGCGAUAACAGCUGCGAGCUAGAAUUUUAAUUUUUUAUUGGAUAAAAAUAUAGGCGCAUCAACGAGUUUUUGUAAUAAUGAGUGAUGCCUGAGUGAUCGAAUUGGUGAAACACCCGCCUAGAGCGUAGGAAAGUCCAGGUUCAAAUCCUGGCUGAAGUAA